GCCUGCUAUUCCUUCAUCAUGCAACGGUUACUUUUUUUUUAUUUUUAUUUUUUUAUUUAGAAAGUAGCCGUUCAACGGCUACUUAUUUAUUUAUUUAUUUUUAACAUAUUUUUUAUUAUAAAUAUAAUUUUGGUUUCCAAAAAUUUACCAACACAAAUUUCUCUCACUUUUAUUUUCUCUUCAAUUUGAAAUUUCUCUCUCACAAUUUCAUCAUUUUAUUCCUAUACUUUUAAUUUUUUUUCAACAAUUUUUUCUCAUUAGCAUUUUUUUUACAAAAUAUUUAACUCAAAAUUUCAUCUUUUUACUUCAAAUUACAAUUGUUUAGGCCAAAUGGAUCCUAAUCAUUUUCAUUAUCAACAAGCUUUUUUCAAUUACAUGCAAAAUUAUCAAAAUCCUAAUCCUCAAAAUUCUCAAAUUCCACCGGUGCCAACAAACCCCGCCAUAUUUCUUCCGUCACCAAACAAUCCAAAUAUGUAUCCUAUACCUCAAAUGAAUUCUAAUAGUAUGGAAUUCUCUACUCAAGUUCCACCAUUUUCUACUCAAGUCCCACCAUUUUCUACUCAAGUUGGUACUGAAAAAGAAGAAAGGGUUGUCGUUAAAAAAAGAUCUCGAGAGCAAUUUACAAGGGAAGAGGAUAUACUACUUAUCCAAUCAUGGCUCAAUGUUUCAAAGGAUCCAAUUGUGGGAGUUGAUCAAAAGGCUGAGAGUUUUUGGUUAAGAAUUGCUGCUAGUUAUAACCAAUAUCGUGGGCAAUUGCGGGAAAAGUUAGGGGGACAGUUAAAAUGUCGACGGCAUAGAAUAAAUGGCAUGGUUCAAAAAUUUGUUGGGUGUUACAAAAUUGCUCUUAAAGAAAAGAAAAGUGGGACAUCCGAGACCGAUGUCAUGGCAGAUGCACAUGCUAUUUUUGCUCAGGAUCAAGGUACAAUAUUCAAUCUUGAGUAUGCAUGGCGAUUGUUAAAAGAUGAAGCUAAAUGGCGCAUCGUCGAAGAAUCGAUUGGAAGUUCUGCAAAAAUAACAAAGACUUAUGCUAGUGGGGCAUCAUCGGAGAACCCAGAUACAACUUCAAGUUAUGAGUUUAACUCAUCAUCACCAAUGGAGCGUCCAAUGGGACAAAAAGCAGCAAAAAGGAAGGGUAAGGCAUCAGAAAUUCCAAAUGCAACGCAAGAUGCAAAGAAUAAAAGAGCAAUAACAAUGGACAGACUUGCGCAAGCUAAGGAGGACGAGCUAGAAUUAAGGGUAGUGCAAAUGAUGAUGAAAGACACUUCUACUAUGAACGAUAGUCAACGAGAUAUUCGUGAAAAAUAUUGUAAUAAGAUGAAAAAAAAAUAUGGAAUGUAGUUAGUAUCACUUAUGUAAAAUGGUCAUUAGUACCACUUUAAUUUAUCAACACCUAUGUAAAAUGGUCAUUAGUACCACUUUAAUUUAAACUAGCCGUUAUUCAAACUACCACUUUAAUUUAAACUAGCCGUUAUUCAAACUAGCCGUUAUUCAAACCAUUAUAUAUACUACCACUUAUGUCAUUGUUCUCUCAUUCUCAUCUUAUUCUUCUCAUUUUUCUC